AUGAUGUUACGGCCAUUUUCCACGUUUUCGACCAUUUCCUUAUUGUUAUUGGGCACCCUGCCGGCCAGUGGUCUCGCAGAUCAGAUCCUUAAGACAUCCGGCUUCAGCACAUGUUCAGCCGACACAACUAUCACAGUGCAGAAUGUGGAUCUACAAUAUGAUGCGGAUUCGAAGCAGGUAACGUUUAAUGUUGCCGGGACAAGCACCAAGUCCAUGAAUGUGACAGCUGUACUCAAUGUUACAGCAUACGGCACGAAAGUAUACCAGAACAGCUUCAACCCGUGUAAUGCAACCACAUUCGUUGAGCAAUUAUGUCCUUUACCCGUUGGGGAAUUCUCAGCUACUGGAGUCCAAACCAUUCCAGCUUCAUACGCAUCCAUGAUCCCCGCCAUCGCUUUCUCGGUUCCUGAUAUUUCAGCUCAAGCUACGCUCGAACUGAAGGAACUCGGCACCGGAGAUGAAGUAGCUUGUCUAACGUCUGACGUGACCAACGGAAAGACCGUCAAUGUACCUGCUGUAUCUUAUGUUGCAGCUUCGAUUGCCGGCGCAGCUCUUCUUGUGACUGGAGCUUCAGCUAUUGGAGCUGCUGCUGCAGGCGGAAGCUCCGCGGGUGCCGGAACAAUGAGUCCUUCGUUCACGGAAGUCAUUGGUGUUUUUCAGGGAAUUGCGAUGAAUGGUAUGAUGUCGGUCAAUUAUCCACCGGUUUACAGGAGCUUUACCAAAAACUUUGCUUUCAGCAGUGGUAUCAUUCCUUGGACCGCAAUGCAGACCUCGAUCGACAACUUCCGUUCUUCAACGGGUGGAAACUUGACGAAUGACAGUGUCCAAUUCCUCCGCAAUGCUACCCUCGUCUACUCGGAUGGCACGAACUCCUCAGUCUCGAAGAGAUCUUUCGACGGGUUCAUGAGUGGAGCAUUGAUGAUCCGCGAUUCUCUCAACACCAAUGCCGCCAAUGCAUCUACUAACGCGACUUCGAGUGAUUCAUCGUCGAUCCAGACAACCGUACACGGUAUUCAGGCAUACGUUGAGCAGUUGAGUGUGCCUCAAGCAAAUACUUUCAUGACCGUCCUCCUUAUCGUAGCCUGCGUUAUUGCGGCAAUUGCUGUGGGUAUCUUGUUUUUCAAGGUCAUCCUUGAAAUCUGGGCAUUGUUUGGCUCCUUCCCCAAAGGUCUGAUUGGAUUCCGAAAACAUUACUGGGGAACCAUGGCUCGAUCAAUUGUUAAUCUGAUCCUCGUAUUGUACGGCGUUUGGGUCCUAUAUUGUAUUUUUCAGUUCACCCACGGAGAUUCAUGGGCGGCCAAGACAUUAGCAGGUGUCACGCUUGGUCUCUUUACCGGAGUCCUUGCUUUCUUUGCCUUCAUGAUCUGGAGGACAGCAAAUCAACUCAAGAAAGCGGAAGGAGAUGUUUCUGGACUUUACGAUAACAAGGCCCACUGGCUCAAGUACAGUCUCUUCUACGACAGCUACAAGAAGGACUUCUGGUGGCUUUUCGUCCCCGCCAUCAUAUAUAUGUUUGCUAAGGGAUGCGUUCUUGCUGCGGCCGAUGGACAUGGGCUUACGCAAACCAUUGCACAAUUGAUCAUUGAAUGCUUGAUGCUUGGUUUACUCAUCUGGAAUCGGCCUUACGAGAGACGAUCUGGGAAUGUGAUCAACAUCUUCAUCCAAGUCGUCCGCGCCCUCUCCGUUGUGUGUAUUUUGGUCUUCGUGGAGGAGCUUGGAAUUGCCCAAACAACUCAAACCGUCACUGGUGUCGUCCUUAUUGCUGUGCAGUCAGUCUUGAGUGGUGCGCUUGCCAUCUUGAUCCUUGCCAACGCCAUCAUCAUGAUGUGCAAGGAGAACCCCCACCGGAAGAGACGCAAGGAAGCUGAAAAAAUGAACCGCGACCUUGACAAUCUCACCCCUCUCGACGCCCGAAACUCGCUGCUCAUGGACCCCUCCAAGGUGCCAAUGAAUUCAGCCUAUGAGCAUGACCCUAAGAAUGCUCUCAUGAAGCAAAACAGCGCCGAUUCGUUCAUGAACGAACCUGCAAAUCCAUAUGCAGGAUCCACACCUCUACGACCUUACACUCCCCCAACACACCGAUCUAAUUUCUCCGUUGGAAGCCGUGAGAAUCUUGUUUCAGGGGCAGCACCAUUAGGGGGUGUGUCUGGAAGCCCACCACAUCAACCAACAUUACCAAACGUGGGAGGAAAUCAACCAUACGGAAGAUACAGAGAAGCGGAAUACUAG